AAAAUGUCUGGAAGAGGAAAAACCGGAGGUAAAGCCAGAGCGAAGGCCAAGACCCGCUCCUCUCGUGCCGGGCUCCAGUUCCCCGUCGGCCGUGUCCACAGGCUGCUCCGCAAAGGGAACUACGCUCAGCGGGUCGGCGCCGGAGCUCCGGUGUAUCUGGCGGCCGUGCUGGAGUACCUGACCGCGGAGAUCCUGGAGCUGGCUGGAAACGCUGCCCGCGACAACAAGAAGACCCGUAUCAUCCCCCGCCAUCUGCAGCUGGCCGUCCGCAACGACGAGGAGCUCAACAAGCUGCUGGGCGGAGUGACCAUCGCUCAGGGCGGCGUGCUGCCCAACAUCCAGGCCGUCCUGCUGCCCAAGAAGACCGAGAAGCCCGCUAAGAAGUAAACAACCGGAACCGGCUUCAACCAAACCAACAACGGCUCUUUUAAGAGCCACACACAUCCAACUAAAGAGAAACCCUUAUUUACUAUUUAUCUAUCGUGACCGUAAUUUCUAUUGUUUUUCGUGUGUGCGGUAAGUGAGUUUUUCAUCCAUUUGUAGUCCACAUUUGACAAAUACCGUUUUUUCUUUUUUUUAAUAUAUAUUCUAUUUAUAGUUGCCAUCUAAAUCUCCCACUUUCUCCCAAGUCAAGAAAAGGCAAUCUAUUAUUUAACGUUACUGUCUAUAUUGUGGAUUACUUCAAAUACAAUGACCAAAAAAAACUAUUAAAUGUCAUGCAUGAAAUCCAACGGUAUGCUUUUGCACAGACAGCUGCCGUAAGUGUUAAGCAAACGUUGUCAGAAACAACUAAUGCAAAGUAUAGCCCAAUGCAUAUGCCAGAGUGGGACUUGUCACCGUUUUUUGCCAUUAUAUUAAAUAUUAGUCUUCUAGUCACGGUUAAUAGAGCCUCUCUGUAGCAUUUAUUUCCACUUUUUAUAACCGGCUGGCACAUCUUUAUUACUUAAUACAUGUAGGUCUAUUUAGUUUUCUUCAUGAAUCUUCAGUGGAUAAGCAAUACACACAUCUGUUCUUGUAACUGGUGUAACAAACAAGUUAUUAAGGUUUGUGUCUGCAGUAAAAAGGUUGAAUAGUAUCUACAUAGAUAAUACAACAUCAAAUAUAUGAAAUAGUGUGAGACAGUAUUGUUUCAGGACUGUUGCUCUGUUAGUGUAGGUCUUAAAAGAGCUGUUGUGUGACUGUAGGCUGCCAGAGCCUGGGCAGCGCUGAUUGGUUCAGACAUGACCAAUCCAAUCUCUCCAAUGGGAGACAUGCAUCUGUAGCUGAUCCACUAUUGGACAAAAGAAAUUCAAAUUUUAACGGCUCCUGUCUCAAAAAUGGCGGGAGGAACACCGGGGGAAUUCCGGGUGGGCGGGGCCGUUUGUCCGAGGCGGGUAUGGCUGCAGCCUGGAGCGUCCCAUGUCAUGCCGUCCCGUCUCAUGCCGAGGCUUUCCAACGGUAAGUUCAGAGGGUCAAAAAUACAAAACCGCGAAUUAUUUUCCAGAUUUCCAGAUGGAGUCACCAGAGUCACGGGUAAGUUCAUGAUCACGUUUGUUGCAAUCAAUUGAAAAACGUUUAAACUGUUAAAGUAGCAAUUUUAGUCAUACAUAGUUUGCUGAUUUCUGGAUGUUAACGUACAUUUGAUGAAACCUGCAUCAGCGUUGGUUGACAUUUGUUAGUGAAUGUUAGCUAACGUUACCUAGAGCAAUUUAUGGUUGCAGACUCUGAUGGUUGCUUUCUGUGAUUGUCCUUAAGGUACACAUCAGUGUCUUUAAAAGAAAUAGCACACCCCCGGUGACACGAUGCACGGUGUGCUGUACCGACCAUCAUUGCCCCCUUUGCCCCACUUCCAUAUACAAGCCCCGGUGUAGGGCAAAGGUUUUGCAGCACAUGGAGGUGCGUGUAAAGAAUGCCAUUCAACAUGAAGAUUUCUUCAUAACAAAAUGCCACCAGGCCUGCAGGAGUGGAAGCAGUGGUCACUUCCACUGCCCUUUCUGCCUCAAGACCACAAUAAAAAGGCAGGCUAUACAGAGGCAUUUGCCGAUUUGUAGGCCACCUCUCCAUGAUGCCCAGCUGGAUGCUGAUGCAGACUGCAGAGAGAUGGGCAUCAAUUCCCAGACAGAGGAGUGCAAAGCAGGAUCUGUGAACCUACCUCAUCUCGGCACUGACAAACUGCCUGUAUCGGUACAGUAUAGUGAAAUACAAGGACAAAGAGACCCAGCAGAGAGACCCCAAGACCCACCGCCAGAAUCCUUCUUGCCGUUCCUUCUUGCUAACCUGGACAACCCUCCCUGCAGAGUGCGCCGUGCAAAUUUGCCAAAUGUAACCGGAAGAAUCCUUUUACUGUCCAUCCCAGCUAUCAUUUUUGGGCACCUUGGAUUGGGCAAGGCACACGAAGGUCCAACACUGUGCUAAACACAGAGUUUUUAAAAGCUCAAGGUCCAAGAAACUUGGCAGAGGCAGAUGACAUCAAUAUUACUGAAGACAGACUCUCAAAUGAAUUGAUGAAUUUGAAGGUGGAUGCAGUACGUACACUCUGUAAGGAAUGUGGUGUCGACUCUUGUGGUUCUAAGAUAGAUCUAAUUCUGCGCCUCAGAACCGAAAUGCAAAAUAGACAGGCCUACGACAAAGUGUUUCAGAAGAUCUGGGGAGCAUCAGGUGGUUUGGCUGCCAUCAUGUGUCCCUGCGGUGUUUUGUACAGCUUGAAGUUUAACAUCAGAGCAGAAGGCCCUAGAGACUUUAGCAGAUAUGCUUCUGUCGUGGAAACAUAUGCCCAAUAUAUCAGUCUAUGACUUUGCACGAGGUCUUGUAAACCACACCAAUGUGAGAGUGCCAGAAAAUCCACCAUUCCAGCCAAAUGAAGGCCGUCUUGCUCCUCCAACCCCUGAGAACAUACAGGCUGCCAAGGACCGAACACUGAAGAUCCACCUUCCGUGGCUUUUGGAGCCAAACACUGAAAACUUUGAAGAUGAUAGUCAUCCGGUUACCAAAUCCUCUCAACAUUAUGUCUUGUGUGACAAGCUACAUGAAGGUAACAGCAAGGAUGAGAAGGACAUGCUCAGGAGAAUUGAACUUGUACCGGAGCUUGCAGGUCAGCUCAACAGCCAAGUGGCUGAACAGUUCUUCGCAAAUAUGCGGAAGAACAAUUAUUUCAUUAACAAUAUGUCGCCUUCAGCUCACAUUUUUCUGGUGCGAAACAUUGUUCAUCACCACAAUGAAAAAAAAGAGAGACAAACCAUUGAGAAGAUGAAAAGAAAUGUGAGGAAUGUCAGUAUCACACUGGACACACUUGGGAAGGCAGUGGCAGCUCCACAGUCUUUAUUGGGCACUCAGACUUCAUUGGAACCCACAAGAAAUCUUGAUGGACCAACUCCUGAAAGGGAAACUUCCCUGUGUGACAUACAGCCACAGAGAUCAUGCUGGGGUUUGAAACCUAGUCCAGGACAAAAAAAUAUGGUAGGUUUGAUUUCAUACUGUACAUACACAAAGUUGGUACUCUUAAUGUGUGUGUUCGUGUUUGUGUGUGUUCGUGUGUUCUAGCUGAAAUAUGUCUUGGACCCCAAAAGAAAUCCAGAUGAAACAAUUAUAUGAACCCAGUUUACCAAAGUGCAGCAAGUUACCUUGCAACGCAGAGACUUUUUGACUCUGGGCUUGGCACGGGAGUUGGAGGCCACAAUAGUAAAUUGCUGUUUUCAGAUAAUCACCCAAAUAGCACAGUCACAGCAAAAGGAUGUGUAUGCAGUGGAUUGCUACGUGGUACCAACAUGGCUACCACCACAUUGUCCGGAUACCUCGUCUUUCCCCAAUGAUUUGGCAAACAAGGAUUUUGUCCUCAUACCUAUUUGGAAACCAGGACACUACAUGCUCUGUGUUUUGAAGCUGAGAGAGAGACAAAUCCUUUUCCCAGACUCCUUAUUCCAUCUGGAAGCCUCAGUUGGCUUUGGCGAUCAACGUUACAUUCAGAUUUGCAGCGAUCUUGCACAGAGGAUUAUCCCAGGAGAAUGGACUGUGAUAUACAGCAAGGACAUCAAAGGUCUCCCAAGACAGGAAGAUGGCAAUGCCUGUGGGAUCUUCAUGUUAAUGUAUGCUCUUUACAUUGUGCUGGGGGG